UUACAUUUAUUGAUUUGAUUUGAAGUAAUCGUUAGUUUUAUUGACUGAUUGGGUAUUUUUGUUGUGAUUUUUGUUGUUGUUUUGGCCACUAAUUCAAUGACUGACUUCGGCCGCCAAUUGUUUGUCAUUAGUAGUAAUAAUAAUAAUAAUAAUAAUAAUAAUUGUUUCGGCGAUGACUACAAAAAACAAUUAUUUGUGGUCAACGCAUAACUUGCGGACACUAUUAGUAGUACUAUUGUUGGUUACCGUCGGUGUUGUUACCGAUUGUCAACAACAACAAUGGACAUCGGCAUCGGUGGACACCAUCAGCAGCAACAACAACAAUGUCAAUGAUAGCGGCGGUGAUGGCCAACAACAACAGUCAUCAUCGACAGUAACAGCGGAAACAUUACCGCCGAUAGACUCGACAACGUCCAACACUGGCGGCGGCGGUGUCGAUGACAACACAAACACGACCACUAACACCGAUAACGAUGGCAAAAGUGAUGUUCAAAAAUUAGCCGCCGAUAAUAAUACCGCGGCGGCGUCGGCGACCAACGAGUCGACAAUCAACCGAACAUUAUAUGUGGAACCGUUGGUCAUCAUCCAGGACGACGAUCUGCCGUCGGUGCCGACUCCGGCCACGCCAAACGAAAUGCUGUCAUUCGAGGAGUGGCGCAAAAAGAUUGCCGAAAAGGCUGUCCAACAACAACAACAACAAAGUGGACAACAAAUGAGUGGCCACCAUCUGAAUAACGGUGGCGGCAAUGGCCGACAGCAGCCAAUCGUUGGUGGACACCACCAAUCGUCGGGCCCGCAAUUGGCACCACAACAGCAGCAGCAGCCACAACAGCAACAACAACAAGCGGCACAGUUUGCCGAUCCGGUGGUGGCCAAUCAGAAGCCUACGACAUUGUUGGCCAGAAAACGGACCCGAAAUUUUGCGUCCAACGAAUGCGGCGCCAAAAUAGUGGACAGCAAUCCCGAGUCCGAGUCGGUCAUGAGGAUUUUAAACGAACAAACAGAUGAAUAUAUGUUGAAUCCAUGCAAAGCCAAGAUCUGGUUUGUGGUAGAGCUGUGCGAAACAAUACAACCGAAACACAUUGAAUUAGCUAACUUUGAAUUAUACUCAUCGGUUCCCAAAGAGUUUAACAUACAGGCCAGCGAUCACUAUCCGACCCGCGACUGGUCAUCAUUAGGCACUUUUCAAGCACUAGACGAACGAUCAGUUCAACGUUUUUCCCUCCAGAAUACGGGUUUCGUUAAGUUUAUCAAAAUUGAAUUGUUGUCCCAUUACGGUACCGAACAUUUUUGUCCGCUAAGCGUUGUCCGUACGUUCGGUACAUCACUGUUCGAAGAGGUCGAACGUAUCGAUACCAUUGACGGAGCCGACGCCAAUAUACACGGUGUGGUCAUCAAUGAGGACGAAUCAGAGUCGGCAUUGGCCGAAGAGUUGGUCGGUGGCCAACAGGAAGAUAGUACUAACUUGUUUGGCACAGCCAGAGACGCCGUAUUCAAUAUUGUCCGAAAAGCGGCGCAAGUUAUCAAUGGAAACACUGACGACAACAUUGUUAUCGAUAGCAAAGCCGACGAGUCGUUAAACAAUAAUAGUCAACGAAUGGCCACUGAUUCGUCGUCGUCGUCGUCGGCAACGAUGAAGACUAAUUGCCAACAGUUUUCAUCGGCCGCCUAUCGUCUGUAUCCGAAAGUCGAUAGAUAUCUCGCUAUGUGUUUAGCAAUUGGUGGCAAUUACUCAACUGGUUGUCUGUAUUUGAAAUCAAUAUUCGGCGAUCAUUUAUUCGAGAUUAUGGUCGACCAGUAUCGGUCGCUACACAAUGUGAUGCAAUUGAGUGAUAGCAACGGCGGCACUGGUAGUGGUCGACCGUUUGAGUGCAAUACGAACAGUGAUAAAGAAAAGUCUAGCCGUGCCUUCAUUAACAACGAAUCGAUUAAAGUCGAGUCAAGUUUUUUACCGGAAAACAUUGCCUACGCGUCGUCGAUAGCGCCGACCAGACCAUUGGAUCAGAUGACACCACAGGCCGCUGUCGAGUCAAUGGGCGGCAGCAGUACUACCACUAUCUCAUUGGACAGUCGUAGUAGUAUUGUUGGUAUUAUCGAUACGGAUAAUACGUUUGCAAAGACAAUGCCGUCGUCUACGUCGACAAUUAUGGUCACACAUAGCAGCGACUCGAUGUCGAUAAACGACGACAAAUCUCAGCCUAUUGUCCAGCAAAAUGACGACUCGCCUGCUGUUGUUUCAGUGAAUAAUGUUUCCAAAGAUGAUGUCGUCGGCAGCGGUGGUGAUAUCUCAUCGGAAGUAUUAACAAAUACUAACAAUAAUAAUAAUAAUGAAGAAUUUCCGCCAACUCUACCGGUUGUUGAUAUUCAAAACGAAUCAAUUAUUGCUACAAAACCUGAAUUACCGCAACAACAACAACGGGUUCUUAAUGUGACUCCCGCUGACGCAAAUUUUGGCCACCAACAGCAGUACAAUGGUUAUCCAAAUGGCCAGAUUGUCGGCAAUAUUAAUGGAGCAAACAAUGGCCAAUAUAUUGGCGGCGGACAAUCGAAAGAGUCGGUAAUCAUUCGAUUGUCGAAUCGAAUCAAAUCACUGGAAGUGAAUCUGUCGUUGAGUUCGCAAUAUUUGGAACAACUGUCGCAACGGUAUCGCAAACAGAUGGAAGAAAUGCAGAAAGCAUUCAACCAUACUAUCAGUAAACUCAACGACACUAACAUUAGGGCUACUGAACGGGAUUUAAAACAACAAGAGAUGAUCGCAAUGUUAGACAUGAAACUGAAUACCAUUUCGACGGAGAUGUCGGUACUGUUGAAGGAACGGGAAGAUCUCAACUGGCAUUACAUUGAAAUACAUAUCGCACUGAUGAUGAUAGAGUUGAUUGUAGUCAUAAUGUUUGUCAUUAUUUUGGGCCAUCGGCUGUCCAAACGUAAUGCCGGAGGGUUGGGAUUAACACCAUCACCACCACCACAACAGUUGGAUGCAAUGACAUCAAAUGAUAGUAGUAAUAGUAUAAUACCGGUGCUGCUUACGACACAGUCAACAACAACAACAAACAAGCGCUCGCAUCCCAAUCCUAAUCCCAGUCCAUCGACAUCUCCAGUGCCACCGAAAGCACUCAAAUUUGAUGUCGAUAAUAAUGUCACCGAAUUAGUAUCAAAUACUACUACGACUACUACUACUACUAAAUUAGAGUCCAAUCAGCAGCGGAAGAUAAAGAAAAAGAAGAAAAAGUCGAAAGCAUUGUCCGGUCAAAAUCCGGUCGACUCAAAGUCGUUGCCGGUAUUGUUUACCGCCGGCAUCAGCACCGGUAGCUCUGUUGUUGCUGAACAACAACAACAACCGUUCAAUUGUCAGCUCAUACAAGAUAUUACUAAUAAUCUAAUUGAUAGCAAAUUUGAUGUUUUGAAAUCUCACUCGACAUCUGCACUGACAGAUAAUAUCACUACUACUACUACUACUACUACUACUAUGUCUAGUCAUAAACCUAAUGACCAGUUAUUAUCGGAAAAUAGUAGUAAUCUAUUACUGAACGGAAAGUCUAGUUCCUGUCGAUCGUCGACAACGUCGGGUGUGUCGUCUAAUUCGUCGACAAAUCAAGCGAUGAAAGCAAAUACCGAUUAUUAUUCUAAUAAUAAUGAGAUUACUAUUAAAAGUCAUUUUCUAAACCGAAACAGUAGUACCAAUGGUAGCAAAAAGUCUAUAUUAUCUCGAAGUAAGAGCUCAUCAGAUACUAGUAGUAGUAGUAGUAAUAAAUCGUUGACUUCGAGUAUAAAAAAAUUACUUAAAUUUGAUCGAAAGUUAACCACUAAUACUACUACUAAUAGUAAUAAUAAUAAUACUAAAGAUACUAAUAAUUAGGAGCUUUUUUUAUAUUUUGUUUUAAUUAAUUAUCACUAAUUUUUUUUAAGGACCACUGUUUUUAA